AUGGCAUAUCAGCGGGAUUCGCCAAGAGUCAUGACAAGCCAAGUCGAAUCUAGCAAUACCGCAGUCGUCGGUAAUAGCAUCGACAAACUCGAAUACUUCACACAAUGGAGCCAAUCUCGCGGGAUUCAGAUCUCUGGCGUUGCUCCAGCGCUGCUUCCCGGGCGUGGACUUGGCCUUGUUGCCAUAGAAGAUUUGAAGCAAGGCCAACGCAUUGUGCUAGUACCGAACAAGGCCAUGCUGAGGCCGGUCAUCAGCGCUUCUGGUACGAGUAAACCUGACAUGCACAAGGAGAUAUCGCGUCAAGCGCAACUCGCAAUGACUUUGAUGGCCGAAUGUCGCAAGGUCGAUUCGCCAUUACGAUUAUGGGAAGCAACCUGGCCGAGUCGAGUAGACCUUGCGGCUUGUAUGCCCAUACAGUGGGAACCAAGUCUUCAGAGACUGCUGCCACCAGCCACCCAAGAUCUGCUCAAGGACCAAAUCGAGGAGUAUGGCCGCGAUCUAAAUGCGGCGGCACAACUAUGUGGCCAAGGAUUCGACAACCCCGAGUUUCUGUACUAUUGGUGUAUCGUAUCCACAAGAGGCUUUCACUUCAAGCCUGUAGGCAACUCUCCAGCCUACACAAUCAUGUGCCCGUUUCUCGAUUUUGCAAACCAUGGACCAAGCGGUUCUGGGAUCAAGGUAGAGCAAACCAGGAAUGGCUAUGAAGCUGUUCUUGACAGAGACUACGCGGCGAACACGGAAAUCGUUUUCACAUAUGGUUCGCGUUCCAACGAUAGGCUCUUGGUAGAAUAUGGCUUCAUGGCAUCCUCUACCACAAGUCAUCCGGUUUCUAUCUCUACAGAUGACUCCAUUCCAAUAGACGACGUCUUGAUUCCUGCUUUGUUAAGUGUUGAAGGUAAGCUGCGCAGUUUUGGCUACUGGAAUGGUUACGUCUUAGACUCCGCCAGUGCAAAGGUUUGCCACAAGACUCAGGUCGCCGUCCGCGCACUGCUACUAGACGAAAGACAAUUCAUGCAAUAUUGCAGUCGCGGCGAAGAUUCUGGCGGCAUUGAUCGAACACAGGAGGUCAAUGGCUUCUUGGCGCCCUUGUUUGAGACCUUCUUGAAACAAGCGAGGGAUACGCAGAGGAACCUGGACGCUCUGGAAGGCUCAAUACAAGAGUCCGUCGAUCAGGAGUACAUUCGCACUACUGCCGUGAGCUUGAUUCGCGAGCGAUGGGCGCAGAUCGAAUUGGUCGUCGCAACAUGGCUAUCGAUGCUUGGGUCUCGCGGCCACGAACAACGCUGA